AUGACGACGGCCUGGAGCACACCGUCGCAUGCCGAGUGGCAGCUCAUACGUGGUGAGCUGCCACAUGAGAAGGAGUCCCUCGCGUACAAAGUGGUGAAUGGCGACUUUGGCGCCUUGCUGUCCUCUGGCACAAGCAAGAAGUUCCUGGCGCAGUUUGCCGAGCAGAUGCAGGCGCUGAUGCAGACGCCGGCAGCUGAGCAAGGCCGCGCAGUCGCUGCAUGGAACCAUAGGAAGCUGUCUAUCACCGGCAUUGACGCCUUCGAGGCGCUGUGCACGGCGAUUGCCGCGCUCCAUGCGUUUGUGCAACUGAACUGGACGGGCCCCGAUCUGGACGUCGUGCCGGCAUCGCUGUUGCGUGCGAGCGCUCCUCAAGUCUUUCCCCCACGCUCUGUCGAUGCCGAGGAUGACGGGGAUGCUGAGUACGCGCGUGCGCUGCAUGCAGUCUGCCUCGAACUGCUCACCAUGCACGGCGAGCCAGCCUAUCACCUGAGCCAGUCGCCCUUUUUCCUUGUCUAUGCGCUCGAGAUCCUGCGUGCAUUGGAAGGCAAUGAGUCGAUCGUCACGCUUCCGUGGUGGCAGCUGCGUGCGGGCGAAGUGCAUCGCCGCAUUCUCGACGAGGCCGUUUCGCACGAUGCCAAGGCGGUGCAGCGUGUCGCGGCGCUCGCCGACGAGUGCCAGAAGCGCGGUGCGGCCAAUACGAGUGCAAAGUACGAAUGGGACAACCUCGCAUCGCGUGCAAUUCUUGAAAAUGCGCUGGCAUUCCAGCGCGCGGGUCUUGACAAGGAAGCAUCCGAGCACCUCGUCGACGCGGCCAAAGUGAAUGGCCUCGAGUUUGAGCUGACCGGCGCGCUGGGCAAGCGGACCAAGUACCAAAAGACAGACAAGACACAGCUUGUGCUCCUUGCCGAGUCGCGUGAAGAGGGCAAGGACCGUGCCGAGGACGAGGAACAGAGCGCCCAACAAGCACAGGGCACCUCGGCUGCGGCUGAAAACCCCGACAAUAUGGGCUGGCAGGCGUCGGUCGAUCCCGAGACGCAGGUCGACCACCAGCCCGCGACGUAUGCGCUGAACGACGACACGCUCCUGGAGCAGACCAAGUUCACCGCCACGUCGAGUGCGUCCGAGCAGAACAAGCUGUCGCACCUCCGCCCUGGCGAGCAGCCGCCUCUGGCCGUGACCGAUCAGUGCACGCUUCUUGCACUGUGUCUCAACAUCCACAAUACCCAGCCCGCACAUGGCCUGACGUCCGAGCAGAUGGGCGCGUUUGUCGCACGAGUCAUUUCGCAUCCGCUCAACUGGAGUGUGCAUACAAUGAGCCUGCUGCUGCGCUCGCGUCUCGAGGCGAGCCGCACGCGUACCGUUGAGCGCUCUACACUCCAGUUGCAGGCACUCAUCGACCAGAUGCCCACGAACGACUCGAGCCUGCGUGAGCGUCUGCGCUUCUUCCAUGCCUUGAGCCUUCCUGCGCGGUGGGAGAUGCAGGCCGAGCUUGCGCGGCGCUUUGUGUCGCUGGGUGUGCUGCGCAGUGCAUUGGAGAUCUUUGAGCGCAUCGAGCUCUGGGAGGAGGUCGUGCAGUGCCUGGGCCUGCUUGCGCGCCAAGCCGAAGCAAUCGAGGUGCUGCGCGAUCUGCUUGCCGGCCGCAAGCUCGAGGCCGAUGUGAUGCUGCAGCAGAAGCGUAUCGAGAACGAGGCGAGCAGCAUUCCGCAUGCGCGCUUUGCGCGUGCGCGCGAGGCGAAGCUGUGGUGUCUGUUGGGCGACCUUGAGCCGGAAAAGUGCGAGGAGCACUACCUGAAAGCCUGGGAUGUAUCGCAGUCCUCGUCCGCGCGUGCUGCGCGCUCUCUCGGUGGCUAUUACUUUGCGAUGCAGAACUUUGACGAGGCCGUGCAGUGGCUGCGGCGAGCCGUGCGCAUCAACUCACUCUUUUCGCGCAGCUUUUUCAUGCUCGGUUGCAGCUACAUGCGCUUGGAGCGGUGGCUGGAGGCGGCUGCGUCCUUCCGCAAGUGCACUGCGCUCGAGGAGGAGGACGGCGAGAGCUGGAACAACCUUGCGAGCUGCUACCUCCGCAUGCACCAGUCGCAGGUCGACCAGCUGGACCGGGUCCUGGAGGACGACGAUGACGCGUCGAGUAUCCACAGCGGCAGCACCGCGCGGGACUCGGGCAUCGAGGUGGACUCUGAUGAGGAGAGUUCUGCGCCGGUGCGCGAGAACGCCGGAUACGAGCUGCGGACGCUCGCGCACAAAGCGCUUGGCAUUGCGCUCAAGUACAACUUUGAGUCGUGGCGCGUUUGGUCCAACUACAUGAUGGUCUCGGUUGAUGUCGGUAUGCUGAGCGAAGCUGCGCGUGCGCUUGCGCGUGUCGUCGAGAUCCGGUGCCGCGAAGCGAGUCGGAGCACAUCGGAGCGCGGCUCGGACGAGAUUGUGGACCUUGCGGUGCUCAAUCGCCUGGUUGGUGCCGUGACGCGUGCGCCAUCGCGCGAGGAGGAUGCGGUUGAGGACAACGCGCCUGCCGGUGGCCAAGUUGUGCACAACCCCAACGAGGGCCACGGCCUACGCCCCGCGCUGCAGCGCCUCUUUGAGCAGACGCUGCUAACCAACUUUUCGACCGAUGCUGCGAUUCUACAGAGCUAUGCGCGCUUCCUCUUUUGGAGUGGCGAUUUCCGCAAGAUGCUCGAUGCGCGCAUCAAGAGCUUCCGCUUCGGUCUGGGUAACCCCGACUCGACAGAGGUCGUGACGGACGUGGCGACCUUCCGCCUCGCGCAGGAGGAGCUUGAGGAGCUCGUCGAUGCGCUCGAGAACAUCGGGCAGCGCCCCGCCGAGCCCGGCAGUGAAGAGGAGGCGAUGCCCGACUGGCGCUUCCAAGCACGGACGCUCGUGCGCAGCUUCCUCUCGCGCACGCGCGACUCGUUUGACGACACGCCCGAGUACGAGUCGCUCCAGGAGCGCCUCACGAGCCUCCGUCCCUAG